AUGCAGGCGGGCCGCGUCUCGGGGUUGGCGUUUGCUGCGGCGUCUUGCUGCAGCUGCUUCCCGGGGCCCCGGGGUCGCGUGGGAGCUGGCCGUGGCCCUCCCUCCGCUGCCCUGCGUCUGCUGUGCCUGUCCGCGGGCGGCGCUCACUGGCGCGUCCCGCCGCAGGCCCCCUUCGCCCCUCCUGCCCCGCCGUGCGGCCCGGCGCCGCCGUCGCUGGGGGCGCCUUUGCUGCGCGGGCUGCCGGCGCUGCUGCAGGGGCCGGGGAGGCGGCCGCCGUCGUGCGCGGGCGCGGAGGCUUUGGGGUGGUGGCGGCGGGAGAGCGUGCGGGGGAAGAUGGUGAAGUCGUCGGCGUACCGGCGGCGAAGUCGGGCGUCGCCGACGGGCCAGGCGCAGAAGGCGCACUUGGGGCCGGUGCGGCUGGCGGGGGAGUACGUGGGCCCGGGGACGGUGCUGGUGCGGCAGCGGCGGUGGCUGGCGUGGGGCUUCGAGGGGAAGCGGCGGCGGCGGCACGUGAAGAUGUACCCGGGGGAGAACGUGGGGGUGGCGAAGGACUCUUCGCUGGUGGCGCUGGUGCACGGGCGCGUGAAGUUCACGCGGGAGGAGUCGCUGCUGCUGCUGGAGCAGCAGCUGCAGCAGCUGCAGCAGCAGCCGCAGCAGCAGCAGCAGCUGCUGCAGCAGCGGCCGCUGCCGCGGAUGCGCGUGAACGUGCUGCCCGAGCCGCGGGAGGAACUGCUCGCGGAGGACCUCUGGAGGUACCGCACGGAGGCCGUGGCCUCCCCCGAGGAAAACCGACUGCUCUGCAGCCUCCGCCAGAAGGGCCGCCAGCCCUUCGCCGCCCCCGCCCGCAAUCCGCCCCGCAAGCCGCUGCCCAGGCCCAAAGCCCUCAGCAGGUUCGACCCCUGGCAGCCCAACACCCUUCCCGACGCGCCCCCGCUCUGCGAAGACAGGUGA